GCGGGAAGGCGGGCGCCGGGACGUGCUGGAGCCGCCUGUCAUGUUGGUGGAGCUGCUCUUCCAGGCUGCCUGUGUGUCCCUGUUCCUCUCCAGCGGCCAGGGCAGGGUGUAUCCCGCGAGGAAGAAGCCGGGCAGCUUUGCCGUGGAGAGGCGCCGCGUGGGGCCCCACGUCUGCUUCCCAGGCUCCGGCAGCGGAUGUUGUCCCGGCUGGAUGCUGUCCCCGGGCAGCGGAAAGUGCACCCUGCCACUCUGCUCCUUCGGCUGCGGUGGCGGUUCCUGCAUUGCUCCCAACCUUUGCAUCUGCCCGGAUGGAGAGCAGGGAAUCACCUGCCCAGAACCGCUGGGAACUUGUGGAGAAUAUGGCUGUGACCUGUCCUGUAACCACGGCGGCUGCCAGGAGGUCGCCCGUGUGUGUCCCGUUGGAUUCUCCAUGGCCGAGACGGCCAACGGCAUCCGCUGCACCGACAUCGAUGAGUGCCAGAGCGCAGCCUGCGAAGGGACGUGCGUGAACACAGAGGGCGGAUUCGCCUGCGAGUGCGGAGCCGGCCGGGAGCUCUCUGCCGACCGCCGCAGCUGCCGGGACAUGGAUGAAUGCCAGGCCACACCGUGCCAGCACCGCUGCGAGAACAGCGUGGGCAGCUACCGCUGCUCCUGCCGGCCCGGAUACCACCUCCACGGGAACCGGCAUUCCUGCAUAGAUGUGGAUGAGUGCCGGCGGUCUGGCACACGCCGCUCCUGCCAGCACAGCUGCCACAACAUUCCCGGCAGCUUCCGCUGCUCUUGCCGCCCCGGAUACCGGCUCAGCGCAGACAGGGUGUCCUGUGAAGGAAUCCCUCGGGAGCCCGGCGCUCACUGGACAGAGCCGGGAUGCCAGAGCUGCACCUGCCAGGGGGGACAAAUCCUCUGUGACACCGUGAGCUGCUCCGUUCCCUGCUCCCACCCGCUUCCCGCUCCGGCUGGGGGUUGCUGCCCCACCUGCACGGGGUGCCUGCACGAGGGGGUGGCCAGGGAUGAUGGCGAUGUCUUCUCCCUAUCCGAUGGGAAUUGCACCGUCUGUGUCUGCUUGGCUGGGAAUGUCUCCUGCCUCUCCCCGGAAUGCCCCCCAGGAUCCUGCCCCAGCCCCUCUCUGGCUGACUGCUGCUCCUGCAAUCCAGAAAAGUGCAAUUUCCGGGGACGCACGUACGUGCAUGGAGCCCGGUUCAGCCUGGAUGGGGACGACUGCACCACCUGUGUCUGCCUGGGAGGAGAGGUGGAAUGUUCCUUCACUCCCUGCCCCAUGCUGGAUUGUCCCCAGCACCAGCGGCAUCUGCGUCCCGGGCAGUGCUGCUCCACCUGCCGGGACCCUCCGGCCCCCGCCGGUUGCUUCCUGGAUGACAACGGCGUGGAGUUUCCCGUUGGACAGAUCUGGUCUCCGGGCGAUCCCUGUGAGUUAUGCAUCUGCCAGGCAGACGGCUCCGUGAGCUGCCAGCGCACGGAUUGUGUGGAGACGUGUCCUUAUCCCAUCCGCAUUCCCGGACAGUGCUGCCCCGACUGCUCCGCAGGCUGCACCUACAUGGGGAGGAUCUUUUCCAACAACGAGACCUUCCCGUCGGCGCUGGAUCCCUGCCUGAGCUGCAUCUGCCUGCUGGGCUCGGUGGCCUGCUCGCCUCUGGAAUGUGCCAUCGUGUGCUCCUACCCCUUCCACCCCGAGGGUCGGUGCUGCCCCGUCUGUGAGGACUGCAACUACCAGGGCAGGAAGGUGGAGAAUGGCCAGAGCUUCAUUCCCGAGGGACAGCCUUGUACCCGCUGCACAUGCCAGCUUGGAGAGGUGAGCUGUGAGGAGAGGCCAUGCCCUCACUCCUGCUCUGAGCCCCUCACGCUGCCCGUGGGCUGCUGCCCAUCCUGUCCAGCCACAGACAUCCGACUCCCGCUGCAGGACAGAGACCUGUCCCCAUCCUCAUCCCAGUCCCCAUCCUCACCCCCAUUCUCAUCCCAGUCCCCAAUCCCUGAAGAUUCACCCCCUGGCACUCCUCAACAACACCGCAACCGCCUGGCCCAGCUCCUACUUCCCACCACACUCCCCCUCGGCCUCUCUCCAGGGAUUUGGGGUGCUGGGAAGCCCCCUCCAACCACUCCAAGUCCCUCUGGAUAUCCCUUGGCACCCACUGUGCCCCCUGACCCCCUCUGUGAGGCCGCAGCCUCCCCUGAUCCCACGGGCAGCCCUGAGGCUCAGGGAUCCCCCGGGAAUGAGGAUCCUUCUGUGGUGCCAUCAGACAGCCUCAGGUUCCAGGUGCCAGGUGUGCCUGGAAUGCCAUGAGGAGGAGAACGAGGAUGAAGGAAAGGAGCAAAAGGGGGUCUGCAGGACCAGCAGGCCUGGCCCUGGGGAGG